CCAUUUCGGCCUCCCCUAUCUGUUCUUCCUGGCCAUUGCCACUUGCAAGCAUCUCCGAAACUCUUUUUCCCCUUCGCGACAUUAUUGCACGCACGCACGCACGCACGCACUGCUCCUCCUCGUCCUCUCUCCCUCCAGCGAAAACAGGGCAGAACGGAAGAGAACAAAGCGACACCCAUCAAGAAACAAGGAGAGGAGAGACGGGGAGACGGGGAGACGGAGAGAGAGAGAGUUUGAGAGAGAGAGAGAGAGAGAGAGAGAGAGAGAGAGAGAGAGAGAGAGUAGCAAGAAAGGCACCAUGAGUGCGGAGACAGCAGAGAAGUUCACUAUAGACUUCGAGGAGACGGAGCUGAGGCUGGGCUUACCCGGGAAGGCCUGCGGGUUCAACAGCGGCUGCGAGGGCGCGGCGCGGGGUAACGGGAAGAGGGUGUUCUUGGAGACCAUCGAUCUGAAGCUCAACCUCUCCUCGAAGGAUGACGACGCGAGCGCCGAGAAGAUCAGGGCGUCGGUCCCGGCGGAGAAGAAGAUGAACAGCAACGACGGUAAGGAGAAGAGCGUCGCUGCUGUUCCAAGCUCCAGCGAGGUUGCGAAGCCUCCUGCCAAGGCGCAAGUGGUGGGUUGGCCGCCCGUGCGAUCCUUCCGGAAGAACAUCAUGGCCGUCCAGAAGAACGGCUCCGACGAGGCCGAGAAGGGCGGCGCCGGGGGCAGCGGUGCCCCGGCGGCGACCGGCGCGGCGGCGUUUGUGAAAGUGAGCAUGGACGGCGCGCCGUACCUGCGCAAGGUGGACCUCAAGCUGUACAAGAGCUAUCAAGACCUCUCUGAUGCCUUGGCCAAGAUGUUCAGCUCUUUCACCAUUGGUAAUUGUGGGUCUGGAGGAAUGAAGGACUUCAUGAAUGAGAGCAAAUUGAUAGAUCUCUUGAACGGGUCUGACUAUGUCCCCACUUAUGAGGAUAAGGAUGGUGAUUGGAUGCUUGUGGGAGAUGUGCCUUGGGAUAUGUUUGUCGAUUCGUGCAAGCGUUUGAGGAUCAUGAAAGGAUCUGAGGCGAUUGGACUUGCACCAAGAGCAGUAGAGAAAUGCAAGAACAGAAGCUGAAGCACCGCGACUCCGGCCUGUCUCGGUACGCUGAAGUCCCCCUCGUGCUCGCGAUCGUCGCCGAAACGGGAAAUCAGACCGGCUCGAGAGGGAUCGAGCGCGGAGUUCGGAUGCUUCUUCUUUUUUUUUAUUUUUUAUCUUGCCCUUUUAUAUUCCCCUUUUUUCUCUUUGGUUUUUUCCUCCUUAUCUCAAUUAGGUCUGAGAAGAAACUACUGAAAAAUCUCUUAGGGAAAAGGAAGAAAAACAACCCUGUGAAAUCGGUAAUAUGUUCAUAAGACAUGUUUCAUGUGCAAGUGCAACCUUCUUUGGUUUUUGUUUCAACUGCUGUAGCUGUACUGGGUGUUCUGUUCCCUCCAUUUUGUAAUGCCAUGUAUUUUGUACUAAAUGAUGAAGAACCAUGAGAGCCUGUGUAUUGUACCUGCCUGUCAAUAUUAUUAUUACUAAUGUCUUUAUUUUUGUAAA